CGAGCUCCGCGGAGACUACCUGCGUUUACCGACAAACGAGAAGGUUUUCCUUCAUGGGAACGAUUGUGUUUUGAAAUGAGUACUUUUUUGCAAAAUCAAACCAAAUAUUUGGGAUCUCGGGCAAAGUGACUCGCCGGAUAAAGAAUUCUCUAGUUAUCUGUCACUGGAUCCUUUUCUUCGCACUUAGGCUGGUGUUCGUCAGCCUCUCCUGGAGGAUUGGACUGACUUUUAUAUUAUACGGACUUUUUUAAAAGCUUUUUUUCCCUUAUUAUUCUUUCACGAUGGCUGACAGCAAACAUCCUCAAGUCAUUUUUUGUAACGACUCGCCAAAACGAGUUCUGGUCUCCGUUAUUAAGACGACUCCGAUAAAGCCCAAAGCCGCGGAGGCGGCGAUGCCAACCAGCCCCGGCUUCAGCGACUUCAUGGUCUAUCCGUGGCGAUGGGGAGAAAACGCGCACAACGUGACGCUCAGUCCGGGAUCAGGGCCCGGGGCCGCCUCGGCUGCAGACACGGACCACCUAAAGGACGGGAUCCGGCGUGGCCGCCCUCGCGCGGAUACCGUCCGAGAGCUUAUCAGUGAGGGUGAGAACUCCACCAGCCGCAUCCGCUGCAAUAUCUGCAAUCGGGUUUUUCCCAGGGAGAAGUCCCUGCAGGCUCACAAACGGACACACACGGGUGAGCGGCCUUACUUGUGUGAUUACCCAGACUGCGGGAAAGCCUUCGUCCAGAGCGGCCAACUAAAAACUCAUCAGCGCCUACAUACCGGAGAGAAGCCUUUUGUUUGUUCGGAGAAAGGCUGCGGUAGCCGAUUUACUCACGCUAACCGACACUGCCCCAAGCACCCAUAUGCCAGGCUGAAGAGGGAGGAGCCCACAGAGCCGGGGACAUCCCACGGGGCCGACAACAAGGCCGUGGCUGAGUGGUUGGCAAAAUACUGGCAGACGAGGGAGCAGCGAGCCCCUGCCCCUAAUAAAGGAAAAGCCCCGAACAAGGUCGCCAUGGAGGACCAGGAGCAGCAGGACCCCAUGGACUUCCUGCCCUCCGAUGAGGGGGAAGAGGAGGAGCCGGAGGAAGGAAAGGGCAGCAGCGGGGGCGGAGCUGCCCGGCGACGCCUCCAGGAACAGAGGGAGCGCCUUCAUGGAGCGCUGGCUCUCAUCGAGCUGGCCAACAACGUGUCGCCCGCGUAAACUAGACACUAGGGUUGCAUUAUUCUGGGUUCUGUCCAGUGUGAAGCAAAAUAUUACAAACAAGCUCUCGUAACCUCUUUCUAAAUGUAGUGGUUUAUCGGGAAUUUCAGCGCUCCUGGUGAAUGGUUGACAUUACCAGCCAUUUUUACCCACAUAUGCAACCCUAGGAUUUCCUGCCCACUAAUGCACCUGUGGGAUCGGCAUAAGCUAAAAGCACCUUAUUUUUUCCCUCCUAUUUUUAACUUUAGGCUGCUACCUUAGUAGAUAUCUUUAUAUGAAGAAUGUUUGUUUGGGGUUUUUUUGUUUGUUUGUUUUUUGUUUUUUUGUUUGUUUUUUGUUUGUUUUUUUGCUUA